GCCCUUCCUCCCUAUAUUGGUCCUCUCUCUCGCUACAAAAGUCGCUGCUAGUUAUUACAAUCCUUCGUGGCUUUACGUUCUCCAAGCUCUCCAAAGCAACACUCAGUGCAAAAUGCCUCCCACUGGCAAAGAAUGUGAUCAGAAUGGAGUCGCCAACCGAUGUAUGGAUUCUUUCAUCUCCACCUCCUGCUAUCCCCUCACUCUCCAGUUCAUGGAUAUUACGUAUCGCAUCAAACUGGACCCAAAGGUGGCCGCCACAGGGAGCGGAAUCAAGCGUAUAUUCCAUGCCGGCGGCGCGGCGAAUUCCCCGGCGGCGGUCCCCGAAGAACGAACCAUCCUGAAUGGUGUCAGCGGGAUUGUCUCGCCCGGCGAGUUCCUCGCGGUCCUCGGCCCGUCGGGGAGCGGCAAGUCGACUCUACUAAGUGUAAUCGCCGGCCGGCUCCAGGGGGAGCACUCCGGCGCCGUGCUGGCCAACGGCUGUCGGCUUACCAAACCGGUUCUCCGCCGAACCGGGUACGUGGCCCAGGACGACGUGCUCUAUCCUCACCUAACCGUAAGGGAGACCUUGGUUUUCUCCGCGAUGCUCCGGCUGCCUCGGACCGUGGCGGCGGCGGAGAAGGUGGCGGCGGCGGACGCGGUGGUGGCGGAGCUGGGGCUGGAGAAAUGCGCCGACACGGCGGUGGGGAACGCCUUCGUGAGGGGGAUUUCCGGCGGCGAGCGGAAGCGGGUCAGCAUCGGCCACGAGAUGCUGGUGAACCCGAGUCUCCUGGUUCUCGACGAGCCGACGUCCGGUCUGGACUCCACGGCGGCCUACCGCCUUGUGGCCACCCUGACCGGGAUCGCCCGGAAGGGCCGGUCCAUCGUAACCUCGAUCCACCAGCCCUCGAGCCGGGUCUACCAGAUGUUCGACUCGGUUCUUUUGCUCUCCGAGGGGAAUUGCUUGUAUUUUGGGCGAGGGAGGGAGGCCAUGGAUUAUUUCGGUUCGGUCGGGUUCGCUCCCCGGUUCCACGUGAACCCGGCCGACUUCAUGCUCGACCUUGCAAACGGGGUUGCUCAGAUAGACUAUCAAGUUGACGCGGAUAAGUCCAACGUAAAGCAAUCUCUUAUCACCUCCUACAACAGAGUGUUAGCCCCAAAGGUGAAAGCCUGCAUUAGUGCUGCCGAAGCUGGAGAUGUUGCAGAAACUGGUAGCGAAAGAUCCACCAUGAGGGAGCAGAGGAAUUGCAGGAACAUCAGCUGGUUCAGCCAGUUCGGCAUCCUCCUGCGCCGAAGCCUCAAGGAAAGGAGGCACGAGACCUUCAACUCCCUGAGAGUCUUCCAAGUCAUGGCUGCAGCCGUCCUCGCAGGGUCCAUGUGGUGGCACUCCAACAUUCAUGAUGUUCGGGACCGGCUGGGCCUCCUUUUCUUCAUCUCGAUUUUCUGGGGCGUCUUUGCAUCCUUCAAUGCGGUCUUCACGUUCCCGCAGGAGCGCGCGAUCUUCAUCAAGGAGAGGUCCGCAGGCAUGUACGCCGUGUCCUCCUAUUUCAUGGCUCGAAUGGCCGGCGACCUCCCUAUGGAGCUUAUUCUCCCCACCGUCUUUGUUCUGGUAUUGUAUUGGAUGGCCGGGCUCAGGGAGGAGCCAGAAGCGUUCAUGAUGACACUGGCUGUGCUGCUUGGCUAUGUUCUGGUGGCGCAAGGUCUUGGCCUUGCCCUCGGCGCGGCCAUCGUGGAUGCGAAGAAGGCUUCCACGGCGGUCACAGUAGUCAUGCUGUCAUUCCUCCUCACUGGGGGAUUUUAUGUUCAGAAUGUGCCGAGCUGCAUCGCCUGGAUGAAAUAUACCUCCUUCACCUUCUACUGCUACAGGCUGCUCAUCGACGUGCAAUAUCGAGGAAGCGAAUUGGCUACUAUUCUAAGUUUGUCUCACCAAGGGAACAGAAGGGAGACAGCAGUGGAAGAGAAUUUGGGGGGGAAAGCCGGUUCGGCGGCGUGCAUUGUGGCAUUGGUCGCCAUGUUUGUAGGAUACAGGCUUUUGGCGUAUCUUGCUCUCAGACGCAUCAAAACAUGAACACAGUUGCAGGGUUGACAUGGUUUAAUUCUGCCGUAUGGCAUGUGGGUAUUGAACGUACCAAGAUGACUACAGGAACAAGCAAGCGUGCAUUAAUUUGUUGUCAAAACAUCAUGUUUAGGAUCCUAACACCGAGAUUAAUAACUACUGCUCUGUAAAAAUAGGAAUGCGGAGUGCAGUGGUAAGCUACCGUAAGGAAGCAAAAAGGGUUGCUUCCAUUGUGUGUCAUAUAUAACAGUUAUCUGCUAAAUCUGUUCACCUGCUAAGGUUGCAAAUCGAAAUCAAUAUUUCUUCA